AUGGCUUUUCAAAUCGAGGAUGGUUUUAAGAACAUCCCUGGAGCAAACUACAAACGCAUGGAGAUCACCCAUGAAAAUGCAGGAAUCGCUGAAAAAGAAGGAAAAUCAACAGUCUUUGUAUGCUCAGUGAAUACAAUAAAUACGGUUUUUGGUGGUGCGAUCCUAACACUUCCGUACACAAUGUUGCAGUGAGGGCUAAUCUUAGGAACUGGUUCUUUCCUUCUGUCCUUUCUAAUUGGCCUCAUAUGAGCUAAAUUAUUGCUUGAACUAAAAGAGAGCACUGGAUAUUCUUGAUAUGCUUCUAUUGCUUUUGAAUGUAUUGGCAGAGGAGGACUGAUUCUGACAAAUAUACUAAUCUCAAUUAUGUGCUUAGGUGUCCCUGUGAUAUUCAUAGUAGUUUUUGCAGAUGCAGCCACUCCUCUUAUUGAAGAAAUCUUUAAAGUGCAAUAUUCUUAUACAAGAGAAUUUGUGAUUGCUUUAAAUGCAAUAGUAGUUUCUUGGUUUUGAUUUAGCAGAGAAGUUCAUAAUUUAAGAAUUGCUUCUUAUACUUCAAUUUCAUGUGUCUGCUUAUUCUGAUAUGUGAUUUUUCAUAUCCUCCUGACACAUUGGGAAGAGCUUGAUACUAAUCUCAGUGACCAUCUCAGCAGUAAAGGAAAUGGAUUUGGAUUGACAAUUCCAAAUAUUAUUCUUGCUUUUGGAUUUCACCCAUGUUUCUUCCCAAUAUACAACUCGUUAAAACCAAAUUUGAAAAAUUCGACAAAUGGGAUGAAAUUUGCAACUAUUGCUUUUAUUUUCACUUUCAUUGUAUACAUAUCUGUAUGCUGUUGUGCUCUUCUAAUUUUUGGAGACGGCAUGAAGUCAGAUAUUCUCAAGAACAUAUCCCUUACAAAUUAUGAAUACAGCAGAUUUAUCCUGGUUGUUUAUCUCGUUAUCUCCCUUAUGCACAUGCCUAUGGUCUUUUUUUCUGGUAAAGAAGCUUUUAUUAACCUUUAUAUUGAGCUGAGAUACCAAAAAAUCUCCAAUUAUUGACAAAAAAUUAGGUCUGAUUCUGAACUUAGAGCCCAACUGAUAGAAAUGGAACACAAAUCUAAAUGAUUCGUAAAAGAAAUGCGGAAUAUAGAGUACUAUUUCUUAACGACUAUUGUAUUUGCUACAACCUUUGCUACUGCAUAUAUGGUGACAGAUUUAGGGCAAAUAUCUGCUUUUUUAGGAUCAUCUGCAUCAUUUUUAACUUGAUUUUUCAUGCCAGCUGGUUUCUAUUUAGUAUUAUGUCCAAACAAACCAUGGCUUAAGUAUGUGAGCUGGUGGAUAAUUGCUAUGAGUGCUGCUUUUAUCACAUAUCUCGGAUAUGAAUGAGUUAAGAUACUCAUUUAA